AUGUCGAAUUGGCGGGUUGAUGAAGCCAUGCUGGACGCCACUCGAUACACACUGUCUCGUGCCCACUACGGCUCUAGCAUUGACGAUAGCUCAAUAAUCAAAGCUGGUCACAGUAACUACGACCAGGGUCCAGUUUUGGGCGAUGUACGAAAAUCAUGGGCCUAUUUGAAUGAAAAUUUUGGUUCAGUGGCAGAGGUUGGAGCUCUUGAGGUGAACAUAGCUCGCUCAUUCCUGGCUCAGCUCACAGAACUGAACGAAACAGAACACAGUCGACCUGAUGCACGUUUCAUUACAUGGGGCAUGCGUAAACAAAGUCUUCGCUUGGACAUUGACGAUCCUUCAGUCACCUAUGCAGGUGUGGUAUAA